AUGGAAUCAAAAAAAUCCAUACUUCAUUUAGAAAAAAAAACGUUAAAUCAUAAAAAAAGACGUGUUCAAGAAAAUGUCAAUGUCGUCCAUCCUCAUAAAAAGGUGCAUUUCAAAAAGGAUGUGGCCAUUAAAGAAUUAAAAAAUGAAGAUGACAAUUUAGAAGACAUUAAAGAGACUACGAAUUCAGAAUCCAACACAUGUAACGAUCUUUCUGUUCAUGAACGCAUCCGACUGUUAAAUAUACCUUCCACAACGGCAUCUAGUGCUAAUGUACAAUUUAUGUCUCUAGAAGAUGGUCAAUUAUUAGCGAACGCUUCGAAAAAUUUGUCUAGUAUAACUUCAGCAGAACCUUCAACGAUAAAUGAAGAAUCUGUGAAUAACAUUGAAGCUUUAGAAAGAUGCUUGAAGACAAUCAGCUAUUCAAUAGAUUCUAAUGUGAAACGUGUUCCGUGGAUUGAUCAUUUAAGUCUUACUUUAAAUCGUUAUGUUGUUGAAGAAGGUGACCCAGUUCUUCCUGAGGAAGACCAAAAAAGAGAAAGUGUUUUUCAAAAUAUGACCGAAAUGGGUGUUAAAGAAUCUUUAAAAAGAUUGUUUCUUUUAAAAUUACCAUUUAGUCGCCCGAAUGAUUUUUUUGCUGAAAUGUUGAAAAGUGAUCAACAAAUGCAAAAGGUGCAAUCAAACUUGCUUGUACAGCAAGAAAAAAUAAAAGCUGUCGAGAAGCGAAAAAAGAAACAGAUGGACAAAAAAUUAGUUAAAAAACAACCAAAAAGUCAAUUGAAGAAGCAAGAAGAAAAAAGGAAAAAUUUAAAGCAACUUGAAGCAUGGAAACAAUCCAAAUAUAAAACUCCUCUUUAGAAGAAAAUAUUGGAAUUUUUUCUUAUUUUAUUUUUCUUUUGUUACCUUUAUCUUCCUCUCUUUCUUCUGUCUUCUUUCAGUUCCAAUUCAACGCGCUGUUAUACCGUCCGGUGUGCUAUAUUUUUCAGUUCCGAAUAACAUACAUUUUUGCCACAUGUUUGAUAGAGAAAUAACUAAUAUUUUAUAUAAGGUAAAAAGCCAUUUGAAAAAAAUAUUAAAAAAUCGCAAAGGUUUAAGCCUUCCGAAAAAAAUUUGUGGGAAAUUCUAUCUGUGAAAAUUAUAUUUUUAAAUAAAUAUUGCAAAGUCACAUUUGUUUUGACAUGAAAUAAAAAAUGUGAAGAAAUUGAUUUAUUCAGAAAUAUAUUUUUAAAAAUUUUAAUUCUUUCUUAAUAAUUACAGUUCAUUUCUAAGGAUUACAAUCUUUUUCAUCUAGUCAUGACCUACUUGUAAUUAACCUACAAGAACGUCAUGUUAGGUCACUAAUAGAGAACGCAAAAAUUGUUGUUUCUAUAUGUUUUUCUGAAAAAAUAGUAAACUUGUUCUCUAGAUGUUUCCUCUUAUUAAUUUUGUGUUUUCAAAAUAAAAAUUGAAAACUUUUUUUUGUAUUUUCCACGUUCAAGAAAUUAACGAAUAUAUCAUGAUUAAUGAAGCAGAAAUUGCUAACGCGAGAAAAAAACGGAUUGUUGAAUCGAGAAUUUUUCGUGAUGUGAAAAAACCUAAAAGGUUUAAAAUCAAUUGUUCUCUUAAAGAAACUAAUUUAAAAGAAACACUUGUCGCUCCAAUUAUUCAAUUGAACGCCGAAUUAGGAACCUUUUUAAAUAAGUGGCCUACUUUAAUAAAUGAACAAAAGGUUCAAAAAUUUUUUUUAGAGAGUCUAAACAUUAUCUGCUUUAAGUUCGAGACAUUGAAGCAAAUAGUUAAUUGCCUAAUACGUGAUUCCUCUUCCUUUUCCUGUGCAGUUCACUUGAAAACGCUUGAAAAACGGUUUCUUCGCUUACUGGGUCUUUUUUUUUCCCCCCUUAUUCAUUUUUUACUAAAGGCUUACAGGAAAAGCGGUAACACAAAUUGGGUACUAUUGUUAUUAAAAAGUCUUAAUCUAAAGAAUUUGGAUAGAAAUUACAAAACCACAACUCACUUUAUUGUACUGAAUGCAUUUUUUUGGACAUGGGUGCCAUCUCUUCGGUUAAGUUUUUGCAAGAAAAUUGUACCUAUAAAAGAAAAACAAAUUCAAUGCCGUACUUAUUCUCCAUUCUCUUCAAAACAUUCAGUAGCGCGUGUACCAGUUAAAACCUCUUUAAUCAAUGGGCCUUUUUUUUUCAAAAAGAAAAAAUUGUUUCCUUGUGGUAACAAUUUUUGUUCGCCUAAACAAAAAGCUGAGUAUCUACAAAGGAUACCUCAAAACGUGGGCCCCACGAUACAUACAAUGCUUCAUCAAAAUAACCUUUCAAUAUUCAUGAAAUAUGGUCUUUUUAAAAAUAAAACAGUGUUAGAAAUUGGGUGCCAUACAGGACAAACAGCUUUUGGAAUUGCAAUGCAUUGUGAACCUUGCCAUAUUGUUGGUCAAGAUAUUGAUGUUCAAUUGAUUGAGUACUGUUUACAACAAGUACGUGAUUGGAAGUACCAUUGCUACUACCAGCUUCAACAAAAAAGAAACAAUGCUCCAGUUAAGUGUGAGUCAACCACAGGAGCAAAAAACGUAUCACGAUGUAUUCCUUUACUCUCCAUGCAAGAUUUAUUAGAGGAUAAAACGGUUUGCAACACCAGUUUUCCUUUUAAUAUAAGCUUUUUAACGGAAGAUGUUGUGAAACAAUUGAACGAUCGACAAGAAACUUAUGACACAAUUUUAGCCUUUUCUGUAACUAAAUGGCUUCACCUUCAAAAUGGAGAUACAGUGCUUAAAAAAACGUUUCAAAAUAUUGUAAAACGCUUACAUUCAGGUAUUAUUUUAAGAGUGCGGUUUUUAAAUUGUGAUACUGUUAUUGUAGGAGGUUUUUUUGUUCUACAACCACAGUCCUGGGAAUCGUAUAAACGGAAUUACUCAGGAAUUCCCCAAUAUAAAAGUCAACGUCACCAAAUUUAUUUCAAACCUCAUCAUUUUGAUACAUAUCUUCAAAAGGAACUACAUCUCACAAGGGUGGCGAUUUGGCAAGAUGACACCAAUAGGUCAUGUAUUCAAACAUACUUUCUAUAUCAGAAAAACCACGAGUAAACAAGUCUGUGUGUUUUCUGGUUAUGUUUCGCUAAGUAAGCCACUUUGGACUUUUCAAACGACACACCACCAAAAAAUCGUCAUCACUCGAACUUUUACAUCACGUCGGACCUCAACGGAAAGUCUUCAUCACGCGACACUUCCCUGUAUGGUGUCUGAUAAAAAGACACGUGUGUUGGACCUUUUCGAAUGCGCAUAUUUAUAGAAUGACAAUUAAAAAAAAGUGACUAUGUCAGUUUUUUUUUCUCGAAACCUCCGCGUCACUUUUUCUGUAAAAAUAAUUGAACUCGAAAAUUUUUUUUUUAUUUGUGUC